AUGCCGUGCGGCACAAUACUGCGGCAGGCCCUGCAGCACGACACGGUAGCAGCAGUCAUCUUGUACGAUGAGAGCCAGCCAGGCGAGAAGGCAGUCCAGCUCAACACGGUGGACGUCUCAAGGAAGCAGUCCGGCAAGGGCGUUUUCUGGCAAUUCUUCCAGUGGAUCAACAAGAGUAGCUUCGAAGUCAGCGCCGAUGCGUUCACCACCUUCAGAGAUCUCUUAACGAAACACAAGCCACUAACAUCACAAUACCUCACCACCAACUACGACUUAUUCUUCGGAUCAUACUUCAACACAACGCUUCUACUAUCGACGUCAUACGUGACAAAGCGUCAAUCUAUCAAGCUGCUCGGAGAACUUCUGCUUGAUCGCACAAAUUAUGUGGUCAUGACAACAUAUGUUGCUAGCGGCGACAAUCUCAAACUGACAAUGAACCUGCUGAAGGACGACAGGAAGAUGGUGCAGUACGAAGCGUUCCACGUCUUUAAGGUCUUCGUUGCGAACCCGAAUAAGAGCGAUGAGGUCAAGCGGAUAUUGAUCAAGAACAAGGGCCGGCUGCUCAAGUUUCUACCGUCCUUUCUGGAAGGGAGGACGGAUGAUGAUCAAUUCCUGGAUGAGAAGAGCUUCUUGCUUCGACAGAUCGAAUUGCUGCCCGAUGAGCCAGAGUUUGUGGCGGGUAGAGGGCAGAGCGCCAGGCAGUUGGUGCUUAGGAGCAACUCCAACGACGUUUUGAAUUGA